GGGCGAGGUGUCUUCUUUCUCUUCACGAUUAGCCUUACUCUCAAUGUGACGCCCCUCUCCUCUGCACCUAGUGCUAGGCUCCGCCGACUAAUCUAACAUUUGUUUUACUACUCCAAUACCCCACACAUUUACAACAUGUCGAUUGCAUCGGAGGGGACGGAAUUUCGCCCAACUAUCACACAGCCAAUUGUCAAUGUGGAAGCUGGAGAUGCAACAAAUGGCUUCAAAACAGCGCUGUCUGUCGAAGUGCCUUUGAUGGUAUUAGCAAUCAGUACUGUGCUUCUUAGAGUCUAUUCAAGAUUAGCUAUCAAGAAAAAACUUGCCGCAGAUGACAUUUUGAUACUGUUAGGCACGGUAUGUUCGAAUUGUGCCAAAGAAGCCAAAUCACAUUACCAUAUGGCUGUUGCUAACAUCAAACCAGGGAGCGGCUUUUGCACGCACCGUUAUAUCGUGCAUGAGUGCAGAGGAUAACUGGGGCUAUGAUAGAAAAGGGUCCGUCCAUACCAGCUAAUGGCAUGGCAAGUCAUGCUGAUUGUACUGAUAGCCC